AUGUACGGAUUCGAGGCACUCACCUUCAACAUUCACGGUGGCUACCUGGAAGCCAUCGUCAGGGGCCAUAGAUCGGGGCUUCUCACCGCCGCUGAUUACAACAAUCUCUGCCAGUGCGAGACGUUGGAUGACAUCAAGAUGCACCUCUCUGCAACCGAGUACGGGCCCUAUCUCCAGAAUGAGCCUUCCCCCUUGCAUACCACUACUAUCGUGGAGAAAUGCACCCUUAAACUUGUUGAUGAAUACAAGCACAUGUUGUGCCAAGCGACAGAGCCUUUAUCUACAUUCCUGGAGUAUUGCACAUAUGGCCACAUGAUAGACAAUGUUGUUUUGAUUGUGACUGGAACUUUGCAUGAGAGAGAUGUGCAAGAGCUGUUGGAGAAGUGCCAUCCUCUUGGCAUGUUUGACAGCAUUGCUACCCUGGCCGUUGCCCACAACAUGAGAGAACUGUACCGACUAGUGCUUGUUGAUACACCUUUGGCUCCAUACUUCUCUGAGUGCAUCACAUCAGAGGACUUGGAUGACAUGAACAUUGAGAUCAUGAGGAAUACACUUUACAAGGCAUAUCUUGAGGAUUUCUACAGGUUUUGCCAGAAACUUGGUGGAGCCACAGCUGAGAUUAUGUCUGACCUCCUUGCAUUUGAAGCGGAUAGGAGAGCUGUUAAUAUCUCCAUAAAUAGCAUUGGCACUGAGCUUACCCGUGAUGACCGCAGGAAACUGUAUUCUAAUUUUGGCUUACUUUAUCCAUAUGGACAUGAGGAACUGGCUGUGUGUGAGGACUUGGAUCAGGUCCGUGGUGUCAUGGAAAAGUACCCUCCAUAUCAGGCCAUAUUCUCCAAGUUGUCCUAUGGCGAAAGCCAGCUGCUAGACAAAGCAUUCUAUGAGGAGGAGGUGAAGAGGCUAUGCUUGUCUUUUGAGCAACAGUUCCAUUAUGGGGUUUUCUUCGCGUACAUAAGGUUGAGGGAGCAAGAGAUCAGGAACCUGAUGUGGAUAUCUGAAUGUGUGGCCCAGAACCAGAAGUCGAGAGUUCAUGACAGUGUUGUCUUCAUAUUUUAG